ACCCUACGCAAUCUAGACGAAGGGGGUGCUCGGUUCCUGCCCCAUUGUUUCGCUCAUUCCAAAUCCAAAACAAUCCCAAAGCCAGAGAGAGAGAGGAGGAGCGCAGAGCUCUGGAGCCGACCGUUUCACUCUAGGGUUUCGCAUCUGCAAGACGAAGCAUGGCGACUGCAUCAGUAGCAUUCAAAUCUAGGGAGGAUCAUAGGAAGCAGCUGGAGUUAGAAGAAGCACGGAAGGCAGGUCUUGCUCCAGCUGAGGUCGAUGAGGAUGGAAAAGAAAUUAAUCCUCACAUCCCUCAAUAUAUGUCAUCAGCUCCUUGGUAUCUUAAUGCAGAGAGACCAAGUUUAAAACAUCAAAGGAAAUGGAAGUCAGAUCCAAAUUAUACAAAAUCGUGGUACGACAGAGGUGCAAAAAUUCAUCAGGCAGACAAGUACAGGAAAGGUGCUUGUGAAAACUGUGGGGCCAUGACACAUACAUCAAAGUCAUGCAUGGAAAGGCCCAGGAAAGUGGGAGCAAAGUGGACUGACAAAAACAUUGCACCAGAUGAGAAAAUUGAGACUUUUGAGUUGGAUUAUGAUGGCAAAAGGGACCGUUGGAAUGGUUAUGAUGCUGCUAGCUAUGCGUAUGUGAUUGAGAGAUAUGAAGCUAGGGAUGACGCUAGAAAAAAAUACUUGAAGGAGCAACAACUUAAAAAAUUAGAGGAGAAAAAUGGUACUCAAAAUGGAGAGGAUGGGGUUAGUGAUGAUGAAGACAAUGAAGAUGCUCUGAAAGUAGAUGAAGCAAAGGUUGAUGAGAGCAAACAAAUGGACUUCGCAAAGGUUGAGAAGCGUGUGCGCACCACAGGUGGUGGUAGUACUGGGACUGUGAGGAACCUGCGCAUCCGGGAGGACACAGCAAAAUACCUUCUUAAUCUUGAUGUCAACUCUGCUCAUUAUGAUCCCAAGACCCGUUCCAUGCGAGAGGACCCUCUUCCAGAUAUGGAUCCAAAUGAGAAAUUUUAUGUGGGAGAUAAUCAAAAUAGAAUUAGUGGUCAAGCUUUGGAGUUCAAGAAUCUCAAUAUACAUGCUUGGGAAGCAUUUGAGAAAGGGCAGGAUGUGCACAUGCAAGCAGCUCCAUCUCAGGCUGAAUUGCUUUAUAAGAAUUAUAAGGUCAGCAAGGAGAAAUUAAAAUCCCAAGUGAAGGAGACAAUUAUGGAGAAGUAUGGUAAUGCGGCUUCUGAAGAACAACUUCCAAGAGAACUUCUACUGGGACAAAGUGAGAGAGAAGUUGAAUAUGAUCGUGCUGGCAGGAUUGUAAAGGGGCAGGAGCAAUUCCUUCCUAAAAGCAAGUAUGAAGAGGAUGUUUAUAUAAACAAUCAUGCUAGUGUUUGGGGUUCAUGGUGGAAGGAUCAUCAAUGGGGUUACAAGUGUUGUAAACAGAUGAUCCGAAAUAGCUACUGUACUGGUGCUGCUGGUAUUGAUGCAGCUGAAGCUGCAGCAGAUCUAAUGAGAGCCAAUAUUGCACGUAAAGAGGCUGCAGAAGAGUUGGCUGCACCAACCGAGGAGAAGAAGCUUGCCACUUGGGGUACUGACGUCCCAGAUGAUUUGGUUCUGGACCAAAAAUUACUAGCUGAAGCUCUGAAGAAGGAGGAUGAAAGGAAGAGAGAGGAGAGAGAUGAAAGAAAGCGCAAGUACAAUGUGAAAUGGAAUGAUGAGGUUACUGCUGAGGACAUGGAGGCCUACAGGAUGAAGAGAGUCCACCAUGAUGAUCCAAUGAGGGAUUUCCUUCACUAAAAGAAGUAUAAAAAGUCUUCUUGUACUGGAUCUUUAAAGAGUUUCCUUUUCCUUCCUUGUCCCCAUGUAAAGAAGAAGAUAUCACUGGAAGUGUAUGGGUGUCUUAGUUGUAGUUGUAGCAGCUCAGUCCGUAAUCACUGAUUCUGUAUAUAGUUUGUUUCUCUAUUGAUAUUCAUAUGCGAAUAAAUAUAAAAGGAUGCCUUGAGCGAAA